AUGAAGUAUCAUUGCGUUCUCUUGCUUCUGGCGACCAUCGGGUGCUUCCUGGUGAGCCAGACCAGUGCGGUGACUGCCACUGCCACAACUACCUCUGCAACAGCAGUGACUACAACCACAGUCGCGUCCUCAGACACGACCACCACCACAGCAGCGUACUCAGACACGACCACGACCACAGCUGCCACGUCUGACACCACUACGGAGGCAGGAUCUUCCAAGCCCAAGAAGACAAAGAGGCACUUCAAGAGGAAGAUCAAGCGCGGCAAGAAGAAGAUCCAUCGCAGGCGCUCACCCAAGGAGGGAUCCGAGAGCAACAGGGGAUAA